GCUGACACUAGGCUACUAUCUGUGGGAAUCUCGGCUAAAUGUGACAAACGGAGCUUUUCCGGCGGAUCUGUCCUGAUGAAACGCGGUGUGUCUUUAAGACCCGGCGGCGCUCGGGUAACCCCACACGGCUCUGUUGUCCGUACUCUCCCGACUCUCUCUGUAGUUAUUUGAGGGAGGCGCUAGAGCCAUAUCUCCACUUUACCAAAAAAAGCUGAAGUAGCGGCACUGUCUCGAUCGGACAAAUCGAGUCCAAGCGGUGCAAACAGACCCGUCGCUCUCUCACCCCGCAGCGUCGGAGCGAGCGCGGCCGAUGCGGAGCACACUGAAGCGUCUGGAGGCUCGUGUCCAGUUUAAAUCCUCCGCUGCUGAGUGUACGUGGGACACUUCUAUGAGAACAGCCGCUCAACGAGACCAAGUUUGCUUGUUUUCCUAAACCGGGGGUGCUGGGGAGAGUCGAGAGGGCGAAAGAUGGUUUUGAACAGCCUCCCGUGCGUACUGGCUUGCCUGUGCUUGGCUUUUAUCUCGUCUUGUCCGUGCAAAGCUCGGAUUUACACCAACCACUGGGCUGUCCGGAUACCCGGUGGACCCGAGCAGGCUGAGCUGAUCGCCGAUAAAUAUGGCUAUAGAAACCUGGGCCAGAUUGGUGACCUGAAGGACUACUAUCAUUUCUUCCACAGCCGGACGAUAAAAAGGUCGACAAUUUCCAGCAGAGGCACGCACAGCUUCAUCUCCAUGGAGCCAAAGGUGGAGUGGCUUGAACAACAGGUAGUGAAGAAGAGAAUAAAGCGAGAUUAUAAACCCUCAUAUCCUGGUCCUGUACAGUCCAGUCUGGCCCAGUCCAGUCUGGCUCAAUCAAGUCUGGCCCAGUCCAACUCCAUUUACUUCAAUGAUGCUAAAUGGAGCAGUAUGUGGUAUAUACAUUGUAAUGAUAAUAUCCAUAACUGUCAGUCUGACAUGAAUGUCAUGGGUGCCUGGAAGAGAGGAUAUACAGGGAAGGACGUGGUGGUAACCAUUCUGGAUGAUGGGAUUGAGAGGAACCACCCCGAUCUCAUACAGAACUAUGAUAAUGAAGCCAGUUACGAUGUGAAUGGGAACGACAUGGAUCCCAUGCCCCGAUAUGAUGCCAGUAAUGAGAACAAGCAUGGCACGAGAUGCGCCGGUGAAGUAGCAGCAUCUGCCAAUAACUCUCAAUGCAUAGUGGGCAUCGCUUACAACGCCAAGAUCGGAGGUGUCCGCAUGUUAGACGGAGAUGUGACGGACAUGGUGGAGGCCAAAUCCCUGAGCCUGCACCCUCAACACAUAGACAUAUACAGUGCCAGCUGGGGCCCAGAUGAUGAUGGCAAAACAGUGGAUGGACCCGCUUCCCUCGCCAGACAGGCCUUCGAAAAUGGCAUCCGACAGGGCAGAAAGGGGCGGGGCUCCAUCUUUGUGUGGGCUUCAGGAAACGGUGGGCGGAGCCGUGAUCACUGUUCAUGUGAUGGCUACACUAACAGCAUCUACACCAUCUCCAUCAGCAGUACGGCAGAGAGCGGCCGUAAGCCCUGGUAUCUGGAAGAGUGUUCCUCAACCCUCACCACCACCCAUAGCAGUGGCGAAAAUUAUGACCGAAAAAUCAUCACUACAGAUCUGAGGCAGCGAUGCACAGACAGUCACACUGGAACAUCAGCAUCAGCUCCAAUGGCAGCAGGAAUCAUUGCUCUCGCUCUAGAGGCAAAUCCUUUCCUGACAUGGAGAGACGUACAGCACAUUAUUGUGAAGACGUCUCGUGCUGGUCAUCUCAGCGCUCCUGAUUGGAAAACUAAUGCAGCUGGUUAUAAUGUGAGUCACCUCUAUGGCUUUGGGCUGAUGGAUGCGGAGGCCAUGGUGAAGGAAGCAGAGCGCUGGAAACAAGUUCCUUCUCAGCACAUCUGUGUCGAGAAUGCAGAUAAACAGAUCAGAACUAUCCGUCCAGAACACGUUGUGCGGUCUGUGUACAAAGCAACAGGGUGCACGGAUAAUGCAAACCAUCAUGUUAUUUAUUUGGAGCAUGUUGUUGUACGUAUAACUAUUACGCACCCACGAAGAGGAGACCUGUCAAUCAACUUAACCUCUCCAUCAGGGACAAAAUCACAGCUGCUCGCCAACAGGCUCUUUGAUCAUUCAAUGGAGGGCUUUAAAAACUGGGAAUUUAUGACCACUCACUGCUGGGGAGAGAAAGCCGCUGGAGACUGGAUACUGGAGAUCUAUGACUCUCCCUCUCAACUUAGGAGUCAAAAAGCACCAGGAAAGCUGAAAGAGUGGUCCUUAGUGCUAUAUGGCACCUCCGUGCACCCGUACUCCUUACGCAGCGACAGGUCUCGCUCAGUGGCCGAGCCUCAGCCCGAGGAAGAAUACAGUGAGGACUAUGUUGGUCCCUGCCACCCUGAAUGUGGUGACAACGGAUGCGAGGGGCCCGGACCUCAGCAGUGCAUUACCUGUCUGCAUUACUUCCUCAAGUUUAAGAAUAACACCAGGAUGUGCGUACCCGAGUGUCCGUCUGGAUUUUUCCGGGACGAUAAGAAGCGUUGUAAGAAGUGCUCUCCCCAGUGCGAGUCUUGCGUUGGCAGUCGCAGCGAUCAGUGUUCCACCUGCCGUCCGGGGUAUUACCUGCUGGAGGGAGCCAACACCUGCAUCUUCGCCUGCCCAGAUGGCUUCUACCUGGAUCUCGACUCCAACAUGUGUCGGAAAUGCAACGAAAAUUGCAAGAAAUGUACCUCAGCGAACAUUUGCACAGAAUGCAAGAAUGGGCUCAGUCUACAGGGGAAUAAGUGUCAGCUGAGCUGUGAAUCUGGCACCUAUUAUAAUGGGCACAGACGGCUUUGUGAAAAGUGCCACUCUACCUGUGCCACCUGUGCAGGAACGGGUAUGGAGGCAUGUAAUGAGUGCGCUCCAGGAUUUCACUUUGAGGAGUGGCGUUGCGUCUCCAGUUGCAGUGUGGGAUAUUACUUGGCAGAACAGACGACAGAUAAUGGAGAUAUCCAGAAAUCUUGUCACAAGUGUGACUCCACCUGCUACGUGUGCACGGGUCCAGGAGAGAGAAACUGCAGCUCCUGUGUGAGCGGCUAUAACCUGGAGAACGGCAUCUGUGCCGUCAGCACUAUCUGUAAAGAUGGGGAGUAUUUAAGCGGAGAUGAUCAAUGUGGUCUGUGUCACUCUACGUGUUACAUGUGCAAAGGACCAGAGAGUAAAGACUGCAUCAGCUGUUUACUUACCAGGUUUUUUGAUAAUGGCACCUGUGUGAUCCAAUGCGAUCCUGGGAAGUACCAGAGGGAUGGACAGUGUCAUCUUUGCCAUCACACAUGCCUUGAGUGUAAAGAUGAAGGACCGGACAAAUGUACCCGCUGUGGCGAAGAUAGGUAUGGAGUUGAGCGGUACCUUUUUGAAGGGGAGUGUCGGGAUAGCUGUCCAGAGGGUUAUUAUCAUUCUUCUUCAGGAACUUGUGAUCCAUGCCCUCCAAACUGCACUGUGUGUAUUUCCACAGACCACUGCCUUUACUGCGCCCCCUCCUACUACCCCACAGAUGGGAAAUGUGUCAAACUCCAGUGUGGUGAAGGAGUCGACCCGGAUCAAGAAGACUGUGUUACAUGCGAGGAGGGCUGUGAGAAAUGUCUCAGCGUGAAUCCAGAGCACUGCAUGUCUUGUUUGCCGGGCUAUUACCAGCUGGGAUCAAGCUGUCGUAAGAUGUGCCCUGCGAGAACAUUUGAGGACGAGUUGUCAAUGAGAUGUGCUCGAUGUGAUGAUCACUGUGUGACCUGUGAUGACAGCGAGUGUUACCUGUGUGACGACAGCUUCUUACUGUCAGAUGGCACCUGUGUAGAAACAUGUCCGGAGGGUUUCUAUAGCGACAUGAAACAGGAGUGCGAGCCGUGUCACAGCAUGUGCCGUUCGUGCGGUGGUCCAAAUCUUGAUGACUGCGAUUCAUGUGAAGAUGAUAUGAGUCUGAAGGACGGCCAAUGUAUCGGCAAGAGCAAAAUGACAUGUUCUGAUGGAUUCUUCCCUAAUGUUGGGUGUGAACAGUGUCACUCCAGCUGUAAGUCCUGUUUAGGGCCGGAGGAAGAUCAGUGUGAUUCCUGUCAUGAAGGAAUAUUUCUUACAACCAGCCAGACGUGCGUGUCUGCUUGUCCGGCCGGGACUCAUGGGAACCAGACGAGCGGCCGCUGUGAAGACUGUUCGGCGGGCUGUGUGGUGUGUCAGGAUGCUCAUCACUGUUUGAAAUGCAAAGCUGAAUCCAGUCAACUCUAUCUGCAGGAUGGCAAAUGUGUCGCCGAGUGUACAAGGGGUUACCCAGAGGAUGAUGCGUGUGUCAGUUGCGCCACAGGUUGUGCUUCUUGUGAAGGGGAAGCCAAUAACUGUCUGAGCUGCGAUGAAGACUACCUGCGUUUUAAACACACCUGCGUGCAACACUGUCCUGAUAAGCACUUUGUUAAGGAUGGAGUGUGUGAGCGCUGUCCUGCGCACUGUACCCAGUGUGACCAAACUCAGAAAUGCAGCGAAUGUGCAGAGUAUUACUUCCUGCAUGAGGACGGCUGUCAUGAUGACUGUCCUGAGGGUUUCUUUACAAACGUCCAGGAGAAGCGAUGCGAGCGCUGUCACAGUGACUGUUCAACGUGUGAUGGACCAGAUCCAGAUGACUGCAUCUCAUGCAAGAGUUCAUGGGCCGCACGUUAUAACGGGAAGUGCUUGAACAAAUGCCCGUCAGAUACGUACCUGGACGAAACCGAGUGUCGAGACUGUGACAGGUCCUGCCUGACGUGUUCUGGGCCCGGUCCGUCCUCGUGCCUGACCUGCAGGACUGACAUGAGGAAAGAUGUUAACGGUCACUGUGUGUUUUUCAGCGACUGCCCUCCACAAACAUAUACGGAUAAGAACGGGAAGUGCCGGCCGUGCCACCCCACCUGCCUCCACUGUUCUGGUGCAGGCAAAGAGCAAUGCAUCACCUGCAACCCCAAACACUUCCUGUUAAAUCAGACGUGUGUCUCCACGUGUCCUGGUGGUUACCAUGGUGAUGAGAAGAGGCAGGAGUGUGUCUCAUGUCAUAAGAACUGUGCAUCAUGUAGUGGUCAUCACAGUAAUGAGUGUCUUACAUGUAAACCAGACCUGUUCCUGCACGGACACAGCUGCGUUUCCACCUGUCCGAAUAGUUACUUUGUAAACAGCAGCAGUGGAGCUUGUCAAGCGUGUGAUCACACGUGUGAGCACUGUUCUGAAAGCAGUGGUUUCUGUCUCAGCUGUAGAGAUGGAUACUUCCUUAUGGCAACAUCUGGACUCUGUCUGCAUACAUGCCCAUCACAUUACUUCCCUGACACUGACAGAAAGUGCACACAUUGCCACCCUACCUGUAAAACAUGCAGUGAUUCAGGAGCCGUCUUCUGUACAUCAUGUUAUGAAGGUUACGAAAUGUUUGCUGGAAUCUGCACGUCUCGAUGUCUAAGCGGACAAUAUUUAACGAAUGACACAUGUGUAGCUUGUGACCAAUCCUGUACUGAAUGUAAGGGCCCCGGGCCCUACAACUGCACCCGGUGCCCAGCUCUACAGCGCCUCACAGAGGACGGGCGCUGUCUUUCUUGCUGUGGAGAAAACACAUUUAGACAUUCAAGGUUUCCCUGGGAAUGCUGUGUGUGCGAUGAACUAGACGAUGAAUGCAUUGUGGGACUAAACCACGACUUUUUCAGCAAAGAGCCACUGCCUUCAGUUCGUCCUGGCCUUGUUGUUUUCACAGUUAUAUUUGUGCUGGUGAGCUUGUGGUUUGCCAUCUUUUACUUCCUGCAUUUUCGGCGGAGGAUCACCUCAAAACCCGUCCUCAAAACAAACGGCUACGCCAAAAUCCCUGAUGGUCCCUUUACUUCCGCGUCCCUCAAAGACAGCAUACACCCCGAGUACUGUGAUAAAGAUAAAGAUCAAGAGGACGAUGAGGAUGAGGAUGAGGAAGAUGAUAUCGUUUACAUGGGAAGGGAUGGGAUCGUGUAUCGGAAAUUCAAAUACAGCAUGUUGGAGGAGGACGAGCCAGAAGAGGAGGCGGAGUAUGAGUAUGAAGAUGAGAUGUACACAUUUAAAUAAAACGUAAUUGCGCGGAAGGCAUGUUUAUUUUCUUUGUGCGUAUAUCUUUGUCUUAUUUAUUACAAAUGAAUUUAAUGAAUUGUGACAUGAGGAAUACAAUUAAUUUUAUUAACCACAAACUUUAGAGUCAACAUGAAAUGUAGUUCGCACAUUUUACUGCUGAUGUAUUUCCAUGUAAAAUGAGAUAUUCUUGUAUGUGUGAAUACAGUCUUGAUAUGUAGAGAAAAUUUAAAUGUUUUCAAUGUCAUCAUGUCACUCAAUCUGUGAAAACACAGCUAAAGUUAUUAUUUGUGAUUUAUUGUUUUUACAGAAAAUCCUCCUACAUAAUGUAAAGUACAGUAUAUCUUUAAUAUUGAUUGAGUAAGAUCAUGUCAAAGAUCAGAUUAUGAGACUUCAGCCUAGAGUCGGGUGAUUCUCACGAAAUCCAGACAUCCAGCAUCAGAUUUGUUUAAAAAGCCCUUUAAAACAAUUUUUUUGAACAUAAGAUUAAGGUCUGAACUUACUAUAACCAUUUUUUUUAGAGGAUUUAAAAAUAUUUCCUAUAGAAUUAUUUACAUUUUUUAGAUUAUCAUUAUAAAAAAUUAUCAUUACCGUAACAUGAUAUUACAUUAAAUAUAUGCAUUUACAAACUCAUGUUUUCGGUAAUGAGACAACUAAAAAGUUGUCUAGGUACUAUGACAAACAAAAUUUCAACUUUUAUCUGAAGAGAAAAAAUAAGAACUGCUUACCUGGAAGCCAUCUUGAGUGUCACAGUCAAUUAUGUCCCUUCCAACUAUUUUUUUUUUUUGUUGAAAAUGUUAGUUCCUUGAGGGCUUAAACAAUGAUUGAAAAUUGUUGCGGAGGAUGAGAAAAUUGGUCUUGGACACAUUUAUAUUCCUUCUUAUUGUCUCUACAUUUACCAAUGAUCACCAAAUACCACAUGUUUCUUUACUGUAAAUGUUUAUAGUAUAACAUGCACUGAAGCUUUUUAUUUUUUAGAUUUUUUAAUUAUAAAUAUUUCCAUGUCAAAGAACCCAAAUCCAGUCAUGGACACGUUGCGGUAAUGAAAAUGUUCCAUUUAAAGGUGCAGUGUGUAAAUUUUAGCAGCAUCUAGUGGUGAGGUUGCGAAUUGCAACCAACGGCGUAGUCCACUGCUCACCCCUUGCUUUUGAAACACAUAGAGAAGCUACGGUAGCUGUCACCGGAAAACCAUGUCAUCGUCGGACAACUUAGUAAAAAAAUUGUCCGUUAAGGGCUUUUGUAGAAAAAUGGCGGCACAAAAUGGCGACUUCCGUGUAAGGGGACCCCGGUGUAUGUAUAUAAAAAGGUCUCGUUCUAAGGUAAUAAACACAUAAUGGUUCAUUAUGAAAGGUCUUUGUACACCCAUGAUAAUAUAGUUUUGUAUAUUAUUUUGCAUUUCUGUCAAGAGAUCCUUUUAAAAAUUACACAAUGCACCUUUAAAUGUGGAAAAAACAACAAAAUUGUUUUGUUUGAUGUCAUUUGAAAUCAUGUGAAAAACCUUACACGAAGAGAUGUUUGUAACUUUCUUAUUUUGAUACUCUUACUUUGCAUUUACUUUUUUAUCAAAAUGUUUUAUGACACCUCAUAAGUCUAAUUUCAUGAGAAUCACCAGUCACAUAUUAUUGUAAAAGGCCUUGGCCCUGUAAAUGAUUUAAACUGUACAGAUGACAUUAUGGACUUCUUUUUUAUUAAAUGAAUUAACCAUGUAUUAAAUGGAGGACCUAAUAAAUCAGAGUGUCAAUA